CCCCUCCACAGCCCGGGGAGACUCCCUUCCCCUCCCGGAUACCCCAGAAAAGGGACGAUGGUGCUCGGAGGGGUCGAAGGCAGCCCCCGGAGGGCGUGAGGGGCGGGCCCGACCUCACCCCGCCCGUUCCCACCCGGGGAUCCCUCCGCCCGGGCCGAGCUCCGCGGAGAGGCCGGCACUUCCGGUCCGCCAUCUUGCGGCCGCCAUCGUCCCACGAAGGGGGGGGCCCCGACCCCCCGGGACGCCCAGGUCAAAGGUCUCCCGAGCCGCUCCCCGGUCCUCGGGAUGGACGGAGGGUCCUGACCCCCGGGGGGGGAGGGGGCUGAGCGGAGGAGGGAGGGGACCGAGCUGGCGGCGCCCCCGACGGCGCGGAGCUUCCCGCGCCCCCCGCUACCGUGAGCCAAGAUGUCGCUGGUGGACCUGGGCAAGAGGCUGCUGGAGGCUGCCAGGAAAGGGGAAGAUGACCAAGUGCGGGUGCUGAUGGCCAACGGGGCCCCCUUCACCACCGACUGGCUGGGCACCUCGCCCCUGCACCUGGCGGCCCAGCACGGUCACUACUCCACAGCGGAGGUGCUCCUGCGGGCAGGGGUCAGCCGGGAUGCCCGUACCAAGGUGGACCGGACUCCCUUGCACAUGGCCGCGGCCGACGGACACACCCACAUCGUCGAGCUGCUCGUCCGGCACGGCGCCGACGUGAACGCCAAGGACAUGUUGAAGAUGACGGCCCUGCACUGGGCGGCGGAGCGCCACCACCGCGACGUCGUCGAGCUGCUCGUCAAGUUCGGCGCCGACGUCCACGCCGCCAGCAAGUUCGACAAGUCCGCCUUCGACAUCGCCCUGGAGAACAAUAACCCAGACAUCUUGAUCCUCCUCCAGGAGGCGAUGCAAGGCCAGGUGAGCGCCGACUCCGACCGCGCCAGCCCCGUGCCCGCGCCCUUCAUCCUCACGGCCGGGGACGUCGUCGGCCUCGCCGGCCUCGUGUCUUCCGUCGGGGCCAAGGACCCCCCAGGCGACUCCCACUCCUCUGGCCUGCAGUUCUCCCACUCCACCACGUCCGUGCUGGCCACGCUGGCCGCCCUGGCGGAGGCUUCGGCCCCCCUGUCCGGCUCUGCCCGGAUCCAAGCCCAUGGCGAGGAAGUGGCCGAAAUCCACACCGUCGAGUCGGCCACGCAGCACGUGGUGAGCGGCGGCCAGAGGGUCAUCGCCAUCGUGGCGGACGGCGUCCCCCUGGGCAGCCUGCAGGCGGCCAUUCCCGGCGGUGGCAUCGGCCAGCCCUUCAUCGUGACGAUGCCGGAUGGGCAGCAAGUCCUAACUGUACCUGCCGGUCAGGUUGCAGAGGAGACCGUGACCGAGGAGCAGCCUGAGUCCGAGUCCGAGCCCGACUCCGACCCGCCGUCCCCGGGGGAGGAGCCGCCGGAGGAGGGAGCCCCGUCACCGGCCUCCCCGCCGCCCGCCAAGAGACAGAGGACCGAACGGUCAUCCCCUGGUGCCUGGGACGGCAAGGAGGGAGCCGAGAGGGAGCUGUUGCAGCAGCGGCUGCGGGAGGCUGACCGCCAGGCGCAAGAGUGCCGGCAGCAGCUGCUGCAGAAGGAGCGGGAGGCGGAGCGCUGCCGCCGCCGGCUCGAGGCCAUGGCCCGGGCCCAGGUGCAGCCCGACGGGGACACCGUGGUCGUCGUGGGGCCUCCCUGCGGGACCUUGGACCUGCACCCGGGGGGCCUAGCAGCUGAGACCGGGGGAUCCUAGCGGCCCGCUCCCCCUGGGUUUCCCCCGGACCCAGCCUCGGGGGCGGACGACGCCAGCGGGCCUCCAGUGUGGCGGCCUGCUCGACGGAACCGACGGGAGAACAGCGCGGGAGAGGCUCCGUGGUGGGGCGGGGGCCGCGGAGCAGGGCGGCGGCCCCGGGGCCCUCGAGGCCCGCGGGGCUGGGGUGGGCCCAGGAGCCAAGGCAGGAGCCGGCACGGUCUUCCAUCUCGAGGAAGCCCCGGGCACCAAGCGGAAACUUUUACCUAUUCGGGAAAGUGUUUGCAGCCCAGGCCCCUGGGCAGCUCCACCCCCAGUGGCUUCGGGUUUCCGUUGGCUUCUCAAGGAGGCCUGGUCCUAGGGGCGGGGGGCAGUGCCCCCCUCGUCUCACGCACGUACGCGCACGCUUGUCUGACCUCGUGAGUCGGGCAGGAGAAGGGUUCCCGGGCAGGGGCGGGGGUGAGGGGUUCCUCCUUCCCCAUGGUCUGCCUCUGUCAGGUCGUUCCCAGGGGCUGGGCAAGUUUGGAUCAGAACCGGCAGGAGGCUGGGCCUCGGGGACAGAGCUCAGUCACCCCUAUCCCAGCCUCCCUCCCCUCCCCUCCCCACCCCACUCUGCCCGGCUGCCAGCUGGAAACGGGAGUUUUCCAGAAGAGCUGCCUGGAGAAGAGAGUGGGGGCAGGGAGGGGAUCCGAUUUCAGAGCUGCGGCCGCUGCGGCAGGGCAGCGAGGAGGCCCGAGGUCCGCCUCCCUCCCUCCCUCUGGGACGCUUCUCCCAGCGGGCCCCAUAUGGAGCACGCGCCCCAGACGGGAGAUCUGGCUCCAAGUUGCAAACCAGGUCUGCCAUAUCUUCUCUUUCGCCUUUCAGGAGGUGUCUGUUCUGUCCCCCCGUGUCCUUCCCCCACCACCCCUGCACACAUAUACACACAUUCUCUCUCUCUCUCUCUCUCUGUCUCUCUCUUUCUCUCUCUUUCUCCUUCUCCCCUCCCCAACCCCCCAGUAGAUCCCAAACCCCAUCAGGUGGCCCAGAUUUCCCCAACCAGCGCCAGACCCCACGGGCUGGCAGACGCUCCGUGUCUCCAUCCCUCCGACCGCCCCUCCCUCCCUGGGCGGGCCGGGGGGCCCAGUUUUCCUUCCUUCCUUCCCAUUCCUGAACAAGAGGCGACACCGUCCUCCCGCUUGUCCCAGGGCCCUCGCCCCUGUGCAGCCGGUUUCACACAGGCCUGAUGGCCAUCCGGGCCCCAGCGGCGGCGCGCCCUAGGUAGGGCGGAAGGGGAACAAUUUCCUGGAAGCCCCCAGGGACGAGCCUGGGGCGGGGGCCCUCAGCCCAUUGGACACUUACUUGCAGGCAGGGAGGGCUUCACUGACGCCUGGGCAGUGGUGGGGGGGAGGGAGUUGGGGGGCAUCCCUGCCCCCAGGGCCAGGUUUCUCCCAGUCUGAUCCCUCGCCCGCCACAUGUGCCAGGCCAGGAACUUGGCCCGGCACCCGCCUCAGAAUUCCCGGGAGCCACCGCUCACUCUCUGCCCGGCUCCCUACCCCUGCCUUAAUAUCCCAGAUGCCCCCUCCACUGGGAGGGGCCCAGGGGACCCCCCCCAUAAGGAAGGAGCCCGACAUAGCGGGCAGAGGGAACCGCAUGCCUGCGUCUCCACAUACAGAGCUCUCUAUAUUUUAUAUAUAUUUUAUAGAUAUAUAUAUAUACGUUUUUGUACUAUGAUUUUUAAAGAACAUUUCUUAAUAAAAUGCCAAAGGUUCCCCUUGGAGCUGGA